GAACCACUAUUCUAAAGGCUAAAACAAUACCUGCCUGCCUCCUGCUAAAAUUGGUAUUAAAAAAGCAAGUGAGUCAAACAAAGAUUCGUGUGAUCUCUACCAUCCUCUUCAUCCUGGCAGGCUGCAUUGUCUUUGUGACCAUUCCUGCAGUUAUCUUCAAACACAUCGAGGGAUGGACAGCCUUGGAGUCCAUCUACUUUGUGGUUGUCACUCUGACUACUGUUGGCUUCGGUGACUUUGUAGCAGGAGGAAAUGCUGACAUCCAUUACCGGGAGUGGUAUAAACCUUUAGUGUGGUUCUGGAUCCUUGUUGGCCUUGCCUAUUUUGCUGCUGUCCUGAGUAUGAUUGGAGACUGGUUAAGAGUCCUGUCCAAGAAGACAAAAGAAGAGGUUGGAGAAAUAAAAGCCCAUGCGGCGGAGUGGAAAGCGAACGUGACGGCUGAGUUCAGAGAGACACGGAGGAGGCUCAGCGUGGAGAUCCAUGACAAACUUCAGCGGGCAGCCACCAUCCGGAGCAUGGAGCGCAGGCGCCUGGGCCUGGACCAGCGAGCCCACUCCUUAGACAUGCUCUCUCCAGAGAAGCGCUCUGUCUUUACUGCCUUGGAAACAGGACGCUUCAAGGCCUCAUCUCAGGAAAGCAUCAACAACAGGCCUAACAACCUGCGCCUUAAAGGGUCAGAUCAGCUCAACAAGCAUGGGCAGGGGGCAUCCGAGGACAACAUCAUUAACAAGUUUGGAUCGUCUGCUAAGAUGACCAAAAGGAAAAACAAAGACCUCAAAAAGACCAUCCCUGAGGAUGUGCGUAAAAUUUAUGAGACCUUCCGAAACUACUCCUUGGAUGAAGAAAAAAAGGAAGAGGAGACAGAGAAGAUGUGUAAUUCUGAGAACUCUUCUAGCACUGCAGUCCUGACCAACUGCAUCCAGCAGCACUCGAACCUGGAAAAUGGAGUGAUCCCCAAUGAAACCAAAGAAAGGGAACAUGAAAACAAAGCAUUACUUGAAGACAGAAAUUAAAUGUAAAAGAUGCUUGACUUGAAUUAACAAUGUUAGUGUUUUUAUAUACAUAUAUAUAUUGAGACACGUGCCUUAUACAGACUCCUUAUUCAGUCUGAAUUAUAUAGCAUCGAAGAAUAUUUCACUGUGCCAUAAAGACUCAAGCUUGCUCUGCCAAAACAAAUCAGGAACACAGCACUGCAGAAUGGCAACAGAAAGCUACACACAUGGAAAUUUCAGCCUGUAUAAGAUUACCAGGGCAAGACACAAAGGAAGAGAUUGAACCAUGGCAAUAUCACCAGAGUGCUCCUACCAUGGCAUAAUAUUAGACAAAGGGCAGCUACGUAAGAAGAUCUUGAAAGGGAUGAAAAAGAGUGUAUCUUUGUAAUGGAAUAUGCAUCCAUAAAGCCUUCCCCUGGUGAUUAAAAAGAGGAGAAAAGAUUGGAGUGAACUAGAAACUUUCAGUAAGGCUUAGUUUA